CUUUUCUCCAUAAUUUCCUCUGCAAAAUCUAUAUUUACGAUUAACACACUCUCUCACUGUCUCACAUAAAUAAAAUCAUCGCAGUAACUAAAGUGUAGUAAAUUUGUACUGGCCUCCUCUUUCAUGUUUCUUCUUCCCUCUUUCGAAGAGUUUUAAAAUCAUUUCUUCCGACGACCAUGGCGUCAACCCUAGCAAAAGUCGAAGAAGCUCCGGCGAUCGGAAUUGACCUCGGGACUACUUACUCCUGCGUCGCUGUCUGGCAACACGACCGUGUUGAGAUCAUUGCUAACGAUCAAGGCAACCGUACCACUCCUUCUUACGUUGCCUUCACUGACACUGCCGUACGUUUCAUCGGCGACGCCGCCAAGAACCAGGUUGCCUCCAAUCCCGUCAAUACUGUUUUCGAUGCCAAGAGAUUAAUUGGCAGGAGAUUCAAGGAUGUCUCUGUUCAAGAUGACAUGAAGCUCUGGCCAUUUACUGUUACCUCUGGCCCUGGUGGACAACCGAUGAUCGAGGUAUCUUAUAAAGGUGAGAAGAAGCAAUUUGCUGCCGAAGAAAUCUCUUCUAUGGUUCUUUCCAAGAUGAAAGAGACUGCUGAGUCCUACCUUGGUGCAGCAGUGAAAAAGGCAGUUGUGACAGUUCCUGCCUACUUCAAUGAUGCACAACGACAGGCAACUAAAGAUGCCGGCGUCAUUGCUGGACUCAAUGUAAUGCGUAUUAUCAAUGAGCCUACAGCUGCUGCCAUUGCUUAUGCUCUCGAUGAAAAAUCCAGCAACACGGGCGAGAAGAAUGUUCUUAUUUUUGAUCUUGGAGGUGGUACCUUUGAUGUCUCUAUCCUCACCAUCGAAGAGGGUAUUUUUGAGGUCAAAGCUACUGCUGGAGAUACUCAUCUUGGAGGAGAGGACUUUGAUAAUAGAAUGGUUAGCCACUUUGUUCAAGAGUUUAAAAGAAAGCACAAGAAGGACAUUAGCGGUAAUGCAAAGGCUCUUAGGAGGUUGAGGACAGCUUGUGAGCGGGCGAAGAGGGGCCUUUCUUCCUCCACUCAGAUUAAAGUUGAAGUUGAUUCCUUGUUUGAGGGAAUUGACUUUUACUCAAGCAUUACUCAAGCCAAAUUUGAGGAGAUGAACUUGGAUUUGUUCAAGAGAUGCAUGGAGAUAGUUGAAAUUUGUUUGACUGAUGCCAAGAUGGAAAAGAGUGCGCUUCAUGAGGUUGUUCUUGUCGGUGGUUCCAGUAGGAUUCCAAAGGUUCAGAAAUUGUUGCAGCAAUUACUGAAUGGAAAGGAGCUUUGCAAAAGAAUUAAUCCUGAUGAAGCCGUUGCUUAUGGUGCAGCUGUUCAAGCAGCAAUAUUGGCAGGCACUAUGGUUCAGGAAGUUGUACUGGUAGAUGUGACCCCAUUAUCUCUGGGAAUAGAAACUAUAGGAGAAGUGUUUAACAUUGUUGUUCCAAGGAACACCACCAUCCCUACCCGGAAGGAGAAAAUAUUCACCACUGUUAAAGAUAAUCAAACUUCUGUUUUGUUUAAGGUGUACGAGGGUGAAAGAACAAAGUCAACCGACAACAAUUUGUUGGGAAAAUUUGUGCUCUCUGACAUCCUUAUUGCCCCAGUGGGAGUUCCUCAGUUAAAUGUCUGUUUUGACAUGGAUGCCAAUGGCAUUCUACACGUCUCUGCUGAAGAUAUGACAACUACUUCGAAGAAUCAAGUCACCAUUACCAAUGAUAAAGGAAGAUUAUCAGCUGAAGAGAUUGAGAACAUGGUGAAGGAAGCUGAAAAAUUGAAUGCUGAGGAAGAGGAACAUAAAAGGAAGCUUGGCGCAAAAAAGGCUCUCGAGAAUUACAUCAUUACAACAAGAAGGAAAAUCAACAAUAGGCAUGCUAGUUCUAAUCUACCUGCAACUGAGAAAAAGAAGAUGGAGGAUGCAAUCGAGCAGGCCAUGCAGUGGUUGAAUGGGGAUACUCUUCAUGAGGCAGACGAAUAUCAGGAGAAGAUGGAGGACCUUGCGAAAUUAUGCAAUCCUAUACUUGUUGCCAGUACUCCUCACUUUCGCACUAUGGAUGGUACCCUUCCGAAGAAGCCGAAGUACGAGAUAAUAGAUUGA